GGGAAGAGUCCUUUAUCUGGUUUAGUUAAAAUGGUUUCUAUGUUUCCAGCUGAUUACAUGCAUCUCUGUUGUCUUGGAGUUACAAGAAAAUUGCUUAAUAUAUGGUUAAAGGGGAAACAUUUGGCAACAAGGGUUCCUUCCCAAACUGUAGAAGUCAUUUCGGAUAAACUGCUAAAGUUACGUUCCUACAUGCCUUGUGAAUUUAACCGUAAACCAAGGGGACUAUCAGAGAUAGAUCGAUGGAAAGCUACCGAGUUGCGAUCCUUCAUGUUGUAUUGGAGUCCUGUUGUUUUAAAGGAUUCACUCCCCAGUGAGCUGUACGACAACUUCAUGUUGUUUUCUGUUGGAAUGUACUUGUUGCUGUCCCCUAGUAUUUCUGAGGAAAUGUUAGCCUUUGCGCACAAGUUGAUGGUUUCUUUCGUUGUACACUUUGGGGCAUUGUAUGGAAAAGAUGAAAUUGUGUACAACGUACACCAGCUUAUUCAUUUGACUGAGGAAUACAGGAGGUUUGGUUCUCUAGAUAAUAUCUCAGGAUUUCCUUUUGAGAACUGUCUUGGUCAAAUUAAGCAUCUCUUACGCAAGCCACAUCAGCCACUACAACAGGUAGUUAAAAGGUUGUCUGAAAUUCCACAUGUUCGAUCCCCAUCUCCCACAGAUGUUCCUYUUUUGCGCAACACCCACUUUGAUGGGCCUGUCCCCCCACUGUUUAUUUCCUCACAACAGUACAGGAAGGUCUCCACUCAUUGGUUUACUUUGUCCACAAAGAAAGGAGACAAUUGUGUUGAGGUUGGAGAUGGAUUUGCAUUAGUAGAGAAUAUUGUUAAAUCAGAGGAAGAUGUAUAUAUAAUUUACAGAAUGUACAGUCAUAAACAGCCAUACUACAUGUAUCCAUGUGAAUCAUCYUACACUGGUACAUACAAGGUCAGUGGCUUGCAAGAAGYUGUAGGGAUAAGUAAACUUGGCCAUAUCAAGCGCAAAUGCUUUCUCUCUCCAGACGGAGAUGGUGCCAWUGCAAUACCACUACUUCAUUUAGCAGUAUAAUAAUUUUGUCCUACCAAAAUGCAAGCCAAAGUAUAGUCAUUUUUAUUGACACAGUGACCCAAAGGUCAGAUUUUGGGGCAUAAAUUACCUCAUAAAUGAAAUUAGCACAAGAUUACAUCCGCAAAUAACAUGUUUGGCUGGGCAAAUUUUGCAAUGUGUGUAGUGAACUUUGGCUUUAUAAGAUACUAUGGGAAUAGCUAGUAAGAAGAAACCAUUACGAGUAAUUCUCAUUUCCUCCCUAGACACUUGAAGAUGGAUGGUGAGGCAGUACUGUGGUCAGUUGUACAGUUCCCAAAUGGUGGGACAGCAGUAGRUCUACAGAGUUGGUUUGAACCUAAAGAAAAUACACUGUUAUGGCCCCCUAAACACAUAACACUGAAAAAAGCCCUUCGAGAUGGAAUACAACCAGAUGAUAAAUGGAUUACCUAUAAGGAUGUACYCAUCCUUACUACAUGUGGUGAGUAAUCAGUGCAACACACUGUGUACACCACUGUUCUACAAGCUCAUAAUGUCAUGUGAGUUUCCUAGAUCAUUUUGCUCAAUAUAUGCUUAUUUUCAAGGAUGUUCACCUAUUGAGACAUGAGAUCACGAUUUUGACAGUUUGUUU